CAUAUCAUUUCAUUUGUUUUGCUCGAAGAUAUGCAUAUUCUUAAGAAAACUACAGCUAUGACAAAGAUAUUAAUGGUUUGUUUCAUUAAUUGUCUGGAUAAAGGUUCGGGUUUAUGUUAUCAACAAAUAGCUACUAUUGGACAUCAAAAUGUUCAACUAACGUUUAAUUACUCAUGGAGUAGUCAGGAACUUAAAUUGAUUGAAUGCAAUAAAGACCAGACUAUCAUAGGACGAUGCGUGGCGCUCAAUACGUCUGACUGUUCCGUAGAAUUAACAAGCGUUGGCGUUUUUUAUAUAUCUUCCAACGACGAAUUAACUUCAAUUAUUGUGACCAUAUCAAGGUUCAACGAAACGAUGUCCGGUACAUACAGCUGUUUCAAAACAAACAUCAAUGAUACGAAGAGUGUUUGUUUAGCUGCAGGUCCCGCUACCAUUACUACUGCAACUACACAAACCGCAACAUCACAUCAUGCACCAAAUGCUUUUACAGAAGUAACUAACUCUUCAAACACUGCUGCCAAAGAUGCCAGUGAUUUGUCCCAUUGUAUCGGAGUAGUCAUCGGAUCCGUGGUUGCAUAUGGCAUGGCAAUAUCAGUACCAGUCAGUGUAUGGUGCCUGAAGCGAUGUACUCGUAAGGCAAUCGAAGCAAUCGAAGCAAUCAAAGGGAGUUUACAAGAAGCACAAAGAAAGAUAAACUCAAAAUCGUUCCAAGGAGAUUUACCACAAAAUAAGCGGGAAAAUGAACAAGAAUCAAGCGCAUAAGCCGCACAGCGUGUAUGAUGUCUGAACUUUAUUUGAACAAGUUUACUCGGUUUGUAUUAAACGCUCUUCUCACGUUUAAAUUAUGUAUUUUUGUGUACGAUGAUAUGUCCUUUUGAAAAAAUUUCUGAACUUUGAACUCUGAAUUGAUUUUUUUUUAUCUUGCUUGCAAGUACAUAAAAACAAAAUAUAGUGAUAAACUCAAACGCUAUGCUAUGAAAUGCUAAAAAGGAAUGUGUGUUUUAUCAGGAGAUGUGUAAAGUAAUUUCAGAGCGAGCUUUUAUUUUUGUAAACUAUCUUCUUCACAUUUCUUAUAAACCAUGACGUUUCAUUGGCGUUGUAUUAUUAUUAUUAUAAUUAUUAUAUUAAUACUAAUUUUUAUUAUUAAUAUUAUUAUUGUUUAUAUAUUUAUAUUUUAUGAGACGUGUUUUUUAGUUUAUUUUUUAUUUAUAUUUUAUACGAUAUGUACUUGUAAACUAGUUUGAAAAACUUUUUAUAUUGCAUCAUUUAGGCUUGAAAUUUUAAUAUACAAACGCUAUAGAUUGUAAGGCAGACAGACAGACAGACAGACAGACAGACAGACAGACAGACAGACAGACAGACAGACAGAAAGACAGACAGACAGACAGACAGACAGACAGACAGACAGACAGACAGACAGACAGACAGACAGGCAUAUACAUUGUACAGCAUCAUCACAUUUGAGAGUAUGAUUCCCUAUAUGUAUUAUUGCAGUUCAUCAAUGUCAAAUAUACUAUAUAUAUAACU